GGAUGUAAUAUGUCACUUCCGGCCCGGGUCAUCGAUCACAUGUACCUCCUGUGAAUUUCAAAAAUGUAUCAUGCGGCUAUCUUUGUGUAUUUACUGUGACAACAGUAAUUAGAAACUGUCCGGUGAGUGCAUGUUAUUGUAAAUGCACCGACAUGCUCUGAUAGUUUGAUGUGUGCAACGUUAGCAUGCAUGCCGUUAGCUUAGCUAAAGUAACGCUGACCGGACGGAGGAUCUCAUUGAUCAUAUUGGGUUCAACAAAAACAAAUAACUUUUUAUGUUUUAAGAACGGUUACUUGCUAGAUUUAGGUCUAGCGAUUAUAGAAAAUAAAUAUUUAUAUAACAUUGGCAUUUAAGUUUUAUUUCGACUGUCUGUGGUCUUUCAGGAGGGGUUUACUCAUGAGAAGUCAUCACUGCAAUAGACACUCUUUGGAUUAACCCCUCUCAACCUUCUCAUCAUGUUAUAUUGCUGUGUCAGAAACGUUUGCAAAUUGAAACCCUCACCGUGCAGAGUAACCUUGGCUCUGCAACACACCAGGAGACUCUGCAGUUCACCCCCUGGGGAGGCUGUGGAUCAAGUGAGGACUUUGCUGGAGCUCUGUGUGGACAGGCACUAUGUUUCACCGGGUCAGCCUAACACGGAGCUCCUUCAGCGGGGGAUGAGCUGCUGUUAUGGGCCUCUGGGCAUGGAGCUGAGGAGAAACCUGCUGCAGCAGUGGUGGCUCUCUGUGACCGGAUCCACACAGCAGGUGUUUGGGAUAAACACUCUGAGCAGCAGUAAGGGUACAGCAACAGAUGGAUUGAGGAUUGUUGAGAGUGAACAGUUAAAACACAUACUUGGACAGAAAGAACUGAGCAACCAGCAGCUCCUGCAGAAGAUACAAACACUCAUCCAGAGGUCCCCUUCACUGAGGACAGGCUUUCUUCAAGGUGCCUUGGAGCAAUUUGUCCCCUCGUUGGAGCUGGUGAACAGGAAGCUGCCCUUCGGCCUGGCUGAGACUGGGCUGUGCUUUCAGCCCUCAGAUGGCUCUGGUUGCCCAGCUGAGGUGACCCAGGCGUCUCUGGUUUGGUUCUGCCCUCCUCGAACCUCUUCUCAGUGGCUGGAUCACUGGAACCGACAGAGACUCAAGUGGUGGAGGAAAUUUUCCCUGUCUCCAUCAGACUUCAGCAGUAGUGAUGUCCCAGAGGAGGAACUGGAGGAGGCGGCGUCUCGUGGUGUGAGGAUCCUCUACAGGUUCCCGUGGGGACAGGAGCCUGUGGAGACGCUGUGGAGCAGAGGAAGCACCGAGCUGCUGCACACACACAACGGAGUCCGCGCCAAACUGCAGUGCCGAGAUGGUCGGAAAUCAGUCCCUCACGUCAUCUCAGUAACUGGGAACAUGGACCGCGGUGUAAUGGCCUUUCUAUCCAACUCACUCCAGCAGCUGAAGAAAGAAGACAGCAAGAAGAAGAUGCUGCAGCGAAAGGUUCUCAAGUUGCACCCAGUGUUGGCUCCAAUUAAAGUGGCUUUAGACAUUGGCAGGGGGGCCACUGUCGAGCUGCGACAGGUUUGUGAUGGGCUGCUGCAGGAGUUUAUAGAGGCUAAUAUUUCUACGUGGCCUGGGUAUCUUCAAACAAUGCCAACAUCAAUGGAGCAGCUGAACACAAAGUAUGAUGAGAUGGGAGUGCUUUUCACGGUGGUGAUCAAUGAGAACACGCUGGAGAGUGGCCUUGUUCUGGUCCGCAGCAGAGACACCACCAUCAAAGAGACCAAGCACAUCUCUGAAAUCAAGAGCUUUCUCUCCACAUACAUUUCUGCUGCAGACAACCUCUGAAUAGACUUUUUGUUAUGGCAACAGGAAGGAAAGUCUGAACAUUGUGCUGCUUUAGUUUUGAAUCUCCUGCAGUUCAAUUCAGGCUUUGUUGGAAGUUCCAUGUGACUCGUAUAGGAAUUGUUGGAGAUUUGGAAUAAAUGUUAAGUCAGUUUAUUUCUGUCUCAUUUUAAGCAUUAAAGGAUUCAGAAUGUCCCUUAAAUGUU